AUGUCAGGGCUGGAACUGCAGCCCUGGUUUUCUACUACGAAUUGCUUCCUCUUGGACAAGACACCAAGGACACUGGCAGACUCUGGCCUGGAAAGAGUCAAGAUUUGCUUCCUGAGGCAGAAUAGGAGGCCAGUGUUCUGUCUGGUGUGCGUACUACACUCUCUCCCUCCCCUCUUGUUCUUCCAGAUUGUCAAUGUAUGGUACUCUGUGAAUGGUGAGAGGCUGGGCACCUACAUGGGCCAUACUGGAGCUGUAUGGUGUGUAGAUGCUGACUGGGACACCAAACAUGUCCUCACUGGCUCAGCUGACAACAGCUGUCGUCUCUGGGACUGUGAGACAGGGAAGCAACUGGCUUUACUCAAGACCAAUUCAGCUGUUCGAACUUGUGGUUUUGACUUUGGGGGUAACAUCAUUAUGCUCUCCACGGACAAGCAGAUGGGCUACCAGUGCUUUGUGAGCUUCUUUGACCUGCGGGAUCCAAGCCAGAUCGACAACAAUGAGCCCUACAUGAAGAUCCCUUGCAAUGACUCCAAGAUUACCAGUGCUGUUUGGGGGCCCCUGGGAGAGUGCAUCAUUGCAGGCCACGAGAGUGGAGAGCUCAACCAGUAUAGUGCUAAGUCUGGUGAGGUAUUAGUGAAUGUUAAAGAGCACUCCCGGCAGAUCAACGACAUCCAGUUAUCUAGGGAUAUGACUAUGUUUGUCACUGCAUCCAAAGACAACACAGCCAAGCUCUUUGAUUCCACAACCCUUGAUCACCAGAAGACCUUCCGAACAGAACGUCCUGUCAACUCAGCUGCCCUCUCUCCCAACUAUGACCAUGUGGUGCUGGGCGGUGGUCAGGAAGCCAUGGAUGUAACCACAACCUCUACCAGGAUUGGCAAAUUUGAGGCCAGGUUCUUCCACUUGGCCUUUGAAGAAGAGUUUGGUAGAGUCAAAGGUCACUUCGGGCCUAUCAACAGUGUUGCCUUCCAUCCUGAUGGCAAGAGGUGAGAUCCUAGGAAGGGAGCUGAGUU